UCAAUGGUGUUGCACGUGAAUAUUGCACAUAAAGUACAACAUCAUUUCUCGGAUAAUCUACAAUUAUUUGUGCAAGUGGAACAGAGAUCUCAGCAAAUAUGGGCACUGUGAAUAAUAAUGUAACAAAUGCAAGCGACCACGAUUUAGGCGAUAAUCUCAAAGUUUUAGUGCAAAAUGACCAGAUCCAAGAGCUACAGACGAUAAUUCGCGAUAGGAAUACAAGCAGAAGUGAUUUCAUAUUUUAUGCGGAUCGUUUAAUCCGGCUAGUCAUUGAAGAGAGUUUAAAUCAAUUGCCAUAUUCAGAUUGUUCCGUUGUGACGCCAACUGGUGCCAUUUAUGAUGGUUUGAAGUACCAGUCAGGCAAUUGCGGUGUGUCCAUUGUUCGUUCCGGUGAGGCAAUGGAACAAGGAUUACGUGAUUGUUGUCGAUCAAUUCGCAUUGGAAAAAUUCUAGUCGAAUCGGAUGCCGAAACACAUGUUGCCAAAGUAGUUUAUGCACGUUUUCCCGACGACAUUGCAAAACGUCAAGUUUUACUUAUGUAUCCUAUUAUGUCGACUGGCAAUACGGUUGUCCAGGCGGUUAAUGUUUUGAAGGAGCACGGUGUAAAAGAGUCAUCAAUUAUUUUAUCAAAUCUAUUUUGUACUCCGCAAGCGGCCAAAACAAUAUGCACCGCUUUUCCGGAUAUGAAAAUUCUCACGUCAGAGCUUCAUCCAGUUGCACCAAAUCAUUUUGGACAACGAUACUUUGGUACAGAUUAAGCACAUUUACUUAAGCAAAACAAAACAAAAAAUAAAUAAAUCAACCAGUCAUACCAACGACAUUGACAUCGAUCAACAACAAUGUUUCAUCCAAAAUCAUAACAUUAAUUUAUAAGUAUCGAUAACAUUGUAUUUAUAUUUGUAUAAAACAGAGUAUUGCUCAACGCUGCUGCCAUCCACAGCAUAUUAAAAUAUUUGGCUGAGAAUGCGUCGUCCGUCGCAUGUGAA